UUACGGAGCUGCGCUACAUAGAUGCUUGGACAGCUGGACAGAGACAAACGACAGGCAUCAUUUGCUGUAACUGAACACCUGCUCGGCAGCCAGCUGGCUCUCUCUUGUCCUGACUGCUGGAAGUCGCAGAAAAAGGCUCACAUCCAAUGAUGGACAGCUUCACAGGGGACAUGCUGAGCGGCGGCCGGGCCCUGCUCGGCGAGGACAGCUCGGUGAUGGCUCGCAUGCAGAAGAAGUUCUGGAAGACGAAGCAGGUCUUCAUCAAAGCCACCGGGAAGAAGGAGGACGAGUACGUGGUGGCCUCAGACGCUGAUCUGGAUGCAAAACUAGAGUUUUUCCGCUCGGUUCAGUACACGUGCACAGAGCUGCUGAAGGUGAUCGAGAAGUACCAGUACAGGAUCACACGCUUGUCCCAGGAAGAAAACGAGCUCGGCCUGUUCCUGCGUUUCCAGGCUGAACACGACCGCACAAAGGCCGGCAACAUGAUGGACGCCACCAGCAAGGCCCUGUGCACAUCUGCCAAGCAGAGGAUGGCCCUUUGCACUCCACUCCACCGUUUGCACCAAGAAGUAGAGACGUUCCGGCGGCGUGCCAUCGCAGACACGCUGCUGACCGUCACUCGUAUGGAGAAAGCUCGCACAGAGUACAGAGGAGCUCUGCUGUGGAUGAAAGACGUCUCACAAGAGCUCGACCCGGACACGUACAAACAGCUGGAGAAGUUCCGCAAGGUCCAAGCCCAGGUCAGAGGGACGAAGGGCCAGUUUGAGAAGCUAAAGAACGACGUUUGUCAGAAGGUGGACAUGCUGGGAGCGAGCCGCUGUAACAUGCUGUCCCACUCCCUCUGUACCUAUCAGACGACUCUGCUGCAGUUCUGGGAAAAGACUGCACACGCCAUGUCAGGGAUCCACGAGGCCUUCAAGGGACACGUAACGUACCAGUUCACCACACUCAAGGACCUUCGAGACCCACUGGAGGAAAUAUCAGACUCACAGAAAAAGGAGGAGAGGAGAGAGAAGUCCCUACAGAGCAACACAGACAGUCUGGUGUCCUUGGAUGACGACAAGCCAUCAGGAAUUGCCUCUGACACAGAUCCCACCCACAGCAGUGACUUACAGAGCCAAACAAGAGACAGUGUGCACCCAAACACAACCAAACCCACUACUCCAGCUCUUCAAGACCUCAGAGGACUGUCGCUAAGCUCUGACGACGACCUGUUGCUCAUGGCAUGUGACGAGCCUCAGCCGUCAGCCCCAGCAGACGUCCCUCUCCGGCCCCUGCUCUUGCCUUCACUUCAGGGUGGUGACUCCAGUCAGCCCUGGGACUUUGGGGGCUUUCAGUCCAGUCUCUCACAGCAGACUGCAACCGGUGGUCCGCCCCCACUUGCCACAACAGGCCUGAGACCAGAGGAGGAAGACGCAGAAAGAGGCGACAUGGCGUUCCUCAAAGACCUCCUCAGCCCGGGCCCUGGGGCCAGCGACGAGUUCAGCAGAGAGUGGCAGGACGCCUUCGGGAUGUUUGAACCGCCUGCUGCUGCUCCAUCAAGCACAGGAGCGGCGAGUAGUGCGCCGGCAGCCCGUCUACCUUCAAACCCCCCCAGCCCCACGGGCUUCCUGCCAUCCCAGCUGCUCGAUCACAGCCUGAGCUCUACAGGAUGGUCAACCCCACCUAUGUUCCAAGCCCCGCCCCUGCAGCCUCCUCCUGCUCAGAACCAAUCAGCUCCUUCUGCUCCGAGCUCAGCAGCUGAUGCUGCUCCAGCCGGAUCAAAAGACAUGUCGGCCUGGUUCAACCUGUUUGCAGACCUGGACCCUCUCUCCAACCCUGAUGCCAUUGGACGCUCUGCUGACGAGCUGCUCAAUGCUUAAAGCUCUCUGUGUGGGUGCGUGUUUGUGAGCGUGCAGCGCUGUGUGAGUUCCCUCUUAGACUCCGGAUGUCACAAAGUUCUCAUGUCAACGACCAAGUAACAAAACACACCUUAACGGUUAAAUAAAUACAGUUUUCUCCAGCAUCUGCUAGCAGGAGAGACGUGUGUACACAUCCACACUAAUAUUUGUCCAACACUGUCAGAUUAUUAUUUCACACUGGACUGUUAACACUACACAUGAAACCAUAUAUGCACUCAGCAGACCUUGUGUGGUUUGUGUUACUGUUUAUAUUCUCUCAUGUGCAGGGAACAUUUUGAUUACUGGCUUAUUUUAGAUGGUGGUGUGUGUUUUUUUUCAUGUUAGCAUUGUGUGGGCGUGUGCCAGUUUGCCGUGUAUGCACAAAAAAGGGACCCAGGAUGUAAGAAAAAUAAAUCUAUCUAGUGCUUUAUGAUGUUCAAACACGGAGGCACAUGAUUGUCACGUAUGGAUGAAGAUUACAUACUGAACACUACAUAUGUGUGAGGUAAGAGGAGCCCGUCACUGGGCCUGUAUUUGCACUCAGCAGCAGAAGAAGAUGAAGAGACAUCAUGAGGCUGUAUCACAAAGCAAGUCAAGUGUUAUACUGCUAAUGCUGGAUUUAAAUGACAAACAGGGGACACUGCUUUCUUGCUACUUCUUCCUGUUAUGCUUCAAUUGAAUAGAAGAGGGACAAAGAAAUGUAAACAAACAUAUUUGAUAGCCUAAAAGCUAAUGUUAGACAACAGCUAACAUUAGCUAGAGCUAGCUAGCUAGCUGGCUAGCUAAAGUUGUUUGAUAGAGUUGUAUGAUGUGGUAAAUAAAUCAUUUUUAAAUAUAAACCCUUAUCUUUUUUGUUUAAAUUAUGGAAUUUUAAAAUACACUCAACUUACCCUAAAACUGUAAGUUAACAAUUAGCUAGUUGCUUAUGCUAGCUACUUCAAGCCUGCUUCAAAUAUGUAAGCAGGCUUGAAGUAAAAAAAAAUUCCACCCUGUCUUGCACACAUCAGGAAAUAAAAGCAAACUCAACCUUUCCUUACAUUAAUGUUAGCUAGAAAGUAUAUAAAUGCUAACAUUGCCCAUUGACAUGGAAGGUAAUAGGCAACAUGCUUUCAAAUAUGGUGUUUUACAUUCAAAUAUGCUAACAGGCUAGUAUUGAUUUCUUCUUCUCACACACUUAAGUGUAAAUCGUAAAAAUACAACAAAAACUAAACUGUUGCUGACACAGAUGUUAGCAAGAGAGUCCAAAUGCUAAUGCUAACUGUUAAAUGCAAGUUUGUAGAUGUUCAGUUGUGGUAAUUUAUGUUAAUAUCUGCUAACGGGCAUGCUGCUAUAAUUUUUUUUUACCCUAUCUUGAACACCUCAAUGUAAAUCAUGAAAUUCAAGCAAACUUAACCUUUCAAAACAUGAAAGAUGGAUAAAAGAAUGUAAAUGCUAACAUUGGCUGUUUAAAUGGAAGCUAAUAAACUUUAAGUUAUGUUGUUUUAUGAGCAAAUUUGCCUACAAGCCUGUGUUAUUAUAAUCUCUUGAAUACCUUGGUCACCUAAAUGCAAAUUAUGGAAUAAAACAAACAUAUAAAUGAUAGCUACAAAGUAGGCAAAUGCUAAUGUUAGCUAAUGAAAUUGCAGCUAAUGGGAUAUCAAGCUUGUAGUGAUAUUUCUUUAUACCUAAUUUUUGGGCAGUUAAAUGUAGUUAAUGGCAUUAAAACAUACUCUUUUCUUAUAUACAUGUUAGCUAGAGAGUAGAUGAAGACUAAUAUUAGCUGUUGGGAAUUUGCAGCUAACUGGCUUUUAAAUAUAGUCUUGUAUUCAAAUAUGCUAUCAAGCUUGUAGUUUUUUACUUCUUGGACACUUAAAUUUAAACAAAGGAACUGCAACGAAUUUAACCUUUCCUAACAUAAAUGUUAGCUAGAAAGUAUGUAAACGCUAACAUUGGCCAUUGAAAUGUAAGCUAAUUGUCUACUGGCUUGUUAUGAAUUCAAAUAUUCUGACAGACUAGUAUUGAUAUUUUUUUACAUACUUCAAUGUUAAAUCAGAACAAACUUCAACCAUUUGUAGCACAAACGUUAGCUAGAGAGUAUGUAAAUGCUAAUGUUAGCUGUUGAAAUGGAAGCUAAUUGGCGUUUUAUGUUAAAAAUGCUAACUGGCUUGUAGUGUUAUUUUUUUUACACCCAGUCUCGGACACUUGGAUGUAAAUAAAGGAGUUCAAAACAGCACCUUUCCUUACAUAAGUGUUUGCUAAAAAGUAGAUAAAUGCUAGUUUAAGCUAUUGAGUAAAUACAGCUAACAGGCUUUCAAAUAUGCUAACAUUUAUGCUAAAAGGCUUGCACCAUGCCAAUUGAGUUAAUUAAUCUGCCAUUAGUGAUAUGAUGUGACUUGAUAAAUGUUAGUAAAAGCAUUUAAAAUGUAACUAAAAAUCCUGACUAAGCUUUGUUUCUGCUGCAGUAAGAGCUUUAUAAGCACCAAAUGUCAUUUUGGAUUAUCUGUGCAAAGAUUUAAAUGCCAGCUGUAUUUAAAAAAGGCUAAUUAUUCCUGCAUAAUCCCCUACUACAGCUUCAUGUUUUUAGUCAUGGGAUUUAACAGCAUAUAAAGCACUACAACUUAUUUCUUGAUGCUGUUUAGGCUUGCUUUGUGAUACAGACUCUGAAUCUUGAAUGUGACGCUCUUAUAUAGUCACUGGAUGGAGAUUACUUGAUUUCUUUUGGGGGUUAAAUCUAAAGGCAACUGUGAGUGUCAUAUUAUUGACUUGUUAAAUAACAGGCACACUGGAAACCCACAAUGUCCAAACGCCUCCUUCUUUAUAUCAUACUUUUCUUUCUGAAUGUGUAAAAAAAUCGAAUGAAUCAUCAUUCCUGUGUGUCAUUCCAGUUUCACAAAAGUCCAAUGCCAAGGAAAAUAGGUGAAGGAUGGACUUUCAAAGGAAGUUUAAAUAUAGGACGGAUUAUAUUACUGUACUACUGCUUCUGCUUAUGUUUGUGCAGCACACUGAAAAGUAACACUGUAAAGGAACACUAAAAUAUCUAUUUUUGCCUCUGUGUGUUGUGUAUUUAGAGAAUUCCCAGAUGGAUUUUGGAACUAUAUUAUUGUUAUACGGGGAAAGAAUCAACACUGGAGAACUGUUACCAUGUCGGGGAAUGGAUUUUAUUCCUACUGAUAUUUCAAAAGGGAAAUAAACAAGGACUGAUGCUUUUGAAUGCUAAGUUUGAGUGUAAGGAUGUGUAGUGAAGAGAUUUCUGAAUGUGAAAUGUUAAGAUGUGAAUAUGACUCCCAUGUGCACUAACUGAAACCAAAUCACUGGAUAUGACUAGGGAUGUAAUGACUCCUCGUGGUACAAUCACAAAUAAACACACAUAAAGGACCAUUUCAAUUAAUUUGGCAUAAUUGUCUUUUAAGCAGCAGAGGGCACUGUCUGCCUCUGGUUUCUCUUGUAUCAUGAGUUUGGUGAAUCGCCACAUCCCUAGCUAUAACCUUUGUGUGCCUGUGAAAAUUAAUGGAGCUAAGGUAAUCACAGUGCAUCAUGGGAUUUUUUUCUUUUCUGUCCAAAACGGCAAACUACUGUUACCACUUAAUAAUAUAAUCAUUAUGAAAAUAUGUGGUUUUUGGACACAGCCUAAAAACUUGUGAAAAUCUUAGGUAACACUUUAUUUUAGUUUACCUAGUAAUUUUAUAGUAAUAAGCACUAAUUAUCUAGGGAUUUCACAAGAAUAUGGUGGUAAUUACCUAGUAGUAAUUUUACCAAUUACUAACUCAUAAAUAUAGCAUGUAAAGAAAGUAUGUACCUAGUAAUAAUGUAUUGAUUAUCAAGUAAUUUCUUGCAAUAUUGUGGCAAUUUCUGGGAAUUGUGUGGUAUUUUACUCUAUCCACAACCUGGACCCUGGCUCUAACCAUAACCCUAACCCUUAAGAGUACUUGAAAGUUAUUCAUGAAAGACUUACUUUAAUUUAGGGGCCAAAAUAAAGAAACAACCUGGGAAUUAUUAAGCAACGUAUAUAGAAAAUUAUCUUAUUUCUUAUAAAUUACUAGUAAAAUACCACCUAAUUAUGAGAGAAUUGCCACAUAAUUACAAGGGUAUAGGUUAAGGUUAGGGUUACAGUUAAAUAACACCUUAUUACAUGAAAACUGCCACAAUAUUACCAAUAUUAUUGAAAGUUAGGGUUAGAUUAGAACCACCACCUAAUUAUUAGAGAACUGCUACAAUGUUAUCAGGGUUUGGGUAAAAUACCAACUUAUUACUUAAAAAUUAUCACAAUAUUACCAGGGUUAGGGUUAGAUCAAAAUACCUCCUAAUUACUAGAGAAUUACAACAAUAUUAUGAGAGUUACGGUAAAAUACCACCUCAGUACUCAAGAAUUGCCACAAUAUUAUGAACGUUUGGGUUAGGUUAAAAUACCAACUAAUUACUAGAGAACUGCGCCAAUAUUACGAGGGUUACGGUAAAAUAAACACCAUAUUACUUGAGAAUUGAUACAGGAUUAUCAGGGUUCUGGAAAAAUACCAACUAAUUACUUAAAAAUUGCCACAGUAUUAUGAGGUUUAUGGUAAAAUACCAUCUUAUUACUUUAGAGUUGCCCCAAUAUUACGAGGGCUACGGUAAAAUACCACCUUAUUAUUUGAGAAUUGCCCCAAUAUUAUGAGGGUUACGGUAAAAUAUCACCUUAUUACUUGAGAAUUGCCCCAAUAUCAUGAGGGUUACGGUAAAAUACCACCUUACUAUUUGAGAAUUGCCCCAAUAUUAUGAGGGUUACGGUAAAAUACCACCGUAUUAUUUGAGAAUUGCCCCAAUAUUAUGAGGGUUUCGGUAAAAUACCACCUUAUUACUUAAUAACUGCCCCAAUAUCACGAGGGUUACGGUAAAAUACCACCUUAUUAUUUGAGAAUUGCCCCAACAUCAUGAGGGUUACGGUAAAAUACCAUCUUGUUACUUGAGAAUUGCCACAGUAUUAUCAGGGCUUGGGUAAAAUAAUAACUACUUAGUAAAAACAUUGCCACAAUAUUAUGAGGGUUACGGUAAAAUACUGGCUAAUUACUGGAGAACUGCUACAAUUUUACAUUUAAUUACCUGAUAAUUAAUACACUAUUACUUGAUAAAUACUUGUUAAAAUGCCACCUUAUUACUGGUAAUUACCACCUUAUCGUUGAGAAAUUACUAGAUAAAUACACUUUAACCUAUAACAUUUCUAGGUAGUUAAGGCCCUCUAAAAUAAAGUGCUACCAACUCUUCUUAUACAUGUUGCACAUAUCUCGGCUUUUAGUGGGUUAAAAACCCAAAAUACACAUGUAUGGUUUCUUUUUCUUGUUUUUUAAUGUGACAUUAGGACUUUUAUUGUGAAAGCAGAAACUACUGGCCUAAGAGCAGUAAUGUUUGUAUUACACUCUUUAUUUACACACUUUAAAAGAAGAAUGUAUCAUUAAUCAGUCACAAACGCUUGAUUUAAUUCAACUAUGCCUUUUUAUUUCACUUGAGGGGUAUAACAGAUGAAAAGUCGGCAGUUCUGUUUCCAAUAAACUGGACAAGCAAACAAACAGUUGUGUUGUUUUGUUUUGAGCCUCAUUCCAAAAUGCUAAAAUCAUCCAUUUGGAGGAAAAAAAACUCAGUAUCUGAAACAAAUCUGUAUGAAUCUACUCUUUAGUUGUAAACAGACGUCUAAAAACGACAAAGAACAUGUCGCUCUCUGUGUGUGAUUGUUUUUCAGCAAGUGGAACAGAACUUUUUGUCUUUAGAAGCAUGCCAAAUCAGGUCUCUGGAUAAAUGACAUCCACUCUUCUCUCUACUUCUACUCUGCUACAGGUUCACAUCGGUCACAUGUCUUCGUGUGAGGAGGCUACAUAGAUAGCAGCUGUUGGUUUGCUCUCUUUAAAGUAGACUUGUUAGUGUGCGCUGAGGAGUUAGUAUAUCUUUUCUCUUUACUACAACCUGAGAUGGACGAUGUAAUCUAUUCUGGAUUAAAACUCUCUGCAGACCCAAUAACACUCCUGAUAAAUAAAUACAUUAUUAUUCACAAGAAUGAGACAUGUAGUAAUUCACAGUACUCAGCGGAGAGAAAGCAGGAGGAGGAGGAAAUAGGGGCUAUAUGGUACAAUUGUUAACUCAUUCAGAUACAUAUCUUUGUCAGCCGAUAAUACAAACACAGUGUGCCUCUAUAUUUACACAUCCAGUACAUUCCUAUCCCACCGUAGCAGGCACAGUCAAGUAGUAGUGACAUAUACAGGAGGACGGGCCGAGGCAUGGAGAGGAAGGUGACCAAUACACUGCACUCUGCUCUAUUUCUAUGCCUUCAUUUACGUAGGACAGUGGAUUUAGCUGAGAGAGUAGGGAAUGACACUCAAGAAAGGAGCUAUUUUUUUGGAUUUUAAUCCAAUUUCUACAAAGACGAGAAUUGUCAAAAUAUUUAAGGCAGUGAUUCUCUUUAUUUCAUGUUGAUUUUGAGGUCCUAUAUUCAAAAGACACCUUUCCGAGGCUGUAGUUUCUGAUUCUGACAGCCAAAAGAAGCUGAAGUCAUGCCAGAUUGCCAAACUGUAAAUAUACACGAUAGCACCCUCUGCUGUUUAAAAAGGGGCAUUGCAAUAUAUAUUUUUUGUCAGGUUGAUUUGAAUCGUCCAUGAUUGUUUCAACUUUUUACAUAUUCCCUGUCAAUUAACAGCACUUUUUAUGAUAGUUUUCGACAAGAAAAAGCAUUUAAAUUUUGUUCAAUUUUUUUUUAGCUGAAAGCCAUACUUCAAGAGCUAAAAAGGUGAAGCAAAUAAGUCAGCUUAUAAGUAAAGGAGCUUAAGCGAGCUUAAGCUGCAAAGAUAGCAAUAUUUCACUUUGGAUAAACUUUUAAUGAUACUUCAAAUUUAGCUUACAACUGGGAUUUUCCAUUAAAAACACACCUUAACCUCCUACCAGGAUAUUACAUUUUGGUUUUCCUACAACACAGUAAUUAUUCCUGCCGGUAGAAUUUAUGAGAUAAUUCUCGUGAAUGCCCACUAAUGUUAAAGUCAUUAGCGUGCAAUGUUGCGAGAAUUUAAAGUACACUUGUCAGGAAUUUUCUUGGAUAUAACUACAUUUAGGAGAAUUUCAGUUGGAGAUUUGUGGGAUAUUGCUUUAAAUUGUGUUUUUAUUUAUUUUCAUUUUUUUGUAUUUUCAUGUGAAAUUAAGGAUAAUUUUUUGGAUGUUUUCGUGAAUUUCUUUUGGAAAUUUUUAUAAAUUUAGGGAAUCUUUUUUCAUAAUUUGUUUAAAAUGUUGGUAGAAUUUGCUAAGAAAUUCUCAGGAUUUUUUUAUGAAUAUUUCAGAAUUAUAAUUGUUUAUUUUGGAGCUUUCAGGGGAAGGUUGGGGGGAAAUUUACUUUGAUUUUUUUUUUCAUAUUUGCAUAGGAAACUUGUGUGGAAAUUUUUAGGCAUUUUCAUAUAAAUUUGGGACUUAUUUUUGAAAUUUUUUGGAGAAUUUUCUUUGAAAAUCUUAUGAAAUCUUUUACUAUAAUUUGGAGGGAUUUGAUUGGGAAUAGGGGCAGGGCGUCCUAUGAAAUUUUCAGGAAUUUUCUUGGAUAUGAUUGUAUAUUUUUUAGGGUUUCAGGGGGAGACUUGGAGGAGAUUUACUCUGUUUUUUUAUAUUUUGUAUUUUCAUGGGUAAUUCUGGAAAUUUGUUUGGAUGUUUUGGGGAGUUUGGAAAUUUUCUGGCAUUUUCAUGUAAAUUUGGAUUAUUCUUUUUGUAAUUUCUUUGAAAUGUUGGGAGAAUUUGUAACGAAAUUCUAAGGAUUUUUUGGGAGAUUUUCAGGGGAAGUGGGAGGGGUUGCUUUGAAUUUUUUGGUAUUUUCAUAGGAAAUUUGGGUAAUCUUAUUGUAUUUUUGGGCGAACUUUCUCUGAAAUUCUUGUGACUUUUGGUUUGGUUUUGGGGAAUUUCAUUGGGAAUGGGGGCAGGGGUGUCCUUUGACAUUUUCAUGGAAUUUGUUUGGAUUUUGAGGAGUGAUAACAAAUUCCCCCUAAAAUUUGCUGGAAAAUGUUCAAAUUUACAGACAGUUUGGGGACGUCCUUAUGGGAAUGUUUAAGUUUCACUGAAACCUUUUGGGAAUAUUUUAAGAAAUUCGGGGGCACUUACUAUGGUAGACAUUUUACAAAUAUGUUGAAGAAUUUUCACAGAAAUUCUUAUGCAAUUUCUUUGAAAUUUUAGGGAAUUUUGUGUGGAAUUUUGAAAGGAAAAAUUUUCCAAAAUUCAAAGACAAAAAUUCAACAGAAUUCGAACAAAUGCUCAGGUCUUGGGAGGUUAAAGGCAGCAGGAUGAACCCAGAAAAGUUAGCUUAUAAGCAAUGAAGCUAAGAGACACUAAAAUUCUCUGAAGGGGCUGCGAAGUUGGCGAUAUUUCUUGGCGAAACUUAAAAUUCAUUUAAAGCUACUGUGAGUACUUUAUGGUUAUGUUGAUUUUGGUGCCCCCUGUGGGCAAAAGUGGAAAAAUAUAUCUCUUUGCUUACCUUUUCCAAACAUGUUCUGCCCAAAGAAGGUAAUUUUUUGUUGUAAAUGUCAAAAAUGCAAUCUAAAAUAAAUCUUUGUAAUGGAAAGACUGCUAAUUACCUUGUUUGACACUUAGCCCACAGCGAGACUGGCAGUCAUAUCGAUCAACUUUCUAAAAGUCAAUCUUUUCACUAUCAUCAUUAUUAUUUGCUUUAAUAGCUAAGACACAUUAGUUUUCAUUUCAGUCUGUUUCAUAACCAGAAAAAACACCACACAGGAGCUUUAAAUCCAAACAAAUGGAGAGAAAUGAUGUGAUUUUGAACCAAAAUUUAGAGCCUAAGAUGCUUUUCUUUGCAUUUAAAAGAGUAGGCAGAUUGGAUUUAAUUGUAGACCUGGA